AUGACGGAAGAAGCAGAGGUGGUGGAGAGCCGCGACCAGCUGCGGCGGCUGGUGUGGGACAGCUUCAGGGAGGAGCAGCUGGCCAGCAGGUGGCUCUCCUGCUGCGACGAGGCCGACCGCUGCUGCGCCCUCAUGGCCAACUCCUCCGGCCAGCCAUCGCCAGAGCUGUCCCGCAGAGAGUGCCUGGCUGGCGGCUCGUGGCGGCUGCCCACCGACUACUCGCCCUGCAGCCGCCUGCCUGGUGUCGUACGCCGCCUCUGGGUCACCGUGGCAGCCCAGGCUGCGUCUGCUGCCUGCCUGGCGCCCGCCAUCCUGCUCUUCUCCUCCUAUGGGCAGUUACAGAGCCACCGCGUUUCGCUGCACAAGCACUUCUUCAGCUCACUGCUGCUCUACUCGUUGUUCGAGAUCGCCUUCACCCUGGCCGUCAUGCUGCCGUCCCGUUACCAGGACGUGUGGCUGUGCAACGUGCUGCUGCUGACCACCAAGUACUGGCGCUGCAGCAACUACCUGUGGAUGUUCUGCGAGGGCUUCUACCUGCACCGCCUGCUUGCCGCCGCCUUCCAGCCCGAGAGGUCGCUCAUCGUCUUCUACGUCAUCGGAUGGGGAGUGCCGCUGCUGCCAGUGUCCGUGUACGCCCUGCUGCGCCACCUGCUGGCCCAGGGGGAGCCGGCCAGCUGCUGGGUGGAGCCCCACCACAUGGUCGAGUGGGUCCUCUACGUGCCCAGUCUGGUCAGCCUGCUGGUGAACUCUGUGUUCCUGGCACACAUCGUGUGCAUCCUGGUGAGCAAGUUGCGAGCCAACCACUGCCGGGAGCCCAGCUUCUUCAGGAAGGCGGUGCGGGGGACGCUGGCGCUGCUGCCACUGUUCGGCCUGAACCUGCUGGUGUCCCUCUACCGGAUGCCCAACCCGUCCUGCACCUGGGAGCUGCUCUACGCCUACUUCGGGCUGCUGCUGGACGGACUGCAGGGGGCCUUCGUCGCUAUCAGCUUCUGCUUCCUCAACAGAGAGGUCCACAGCGCAGUGAGGCGGUCUUACAAUCUGCUGUCGGACAAGUACCGCGGAGGAGGAGCUCGCUCACAUUCCCGGAGCAGCGAAAGUUGUGGAGCUGCUCACACAACGCUGGCGAGUAUGGAUGGCUUCUGA